AUGAAGGGAUCUGGGUUUAGUGAGCGUGUUUGUGAAAUUAGGGGUUUAGCUGGGGUCAAAUGUGUAUUUCGAGAAACAACCGGGAUGAAUAUGCAAAACCAUAAAUUGGAUGACCCAUACGAUCUAAUAAAUACGUUACUGCAUCCAAAUGGAUUAAAUGGUAUGUCCAACCCAAAUAGUCUUAUUUGCCUGACCCCCAUUGCGACGAAUAAACUUAAUGGGCCUGUCCAAUCUUGUCGUCUGGGGUCUUCUUCUUCCUCCCUCGUUACACCUCAGAUACACAUGGAUGUGGCCGCCGAGACAUCGUACAAGCCACCGACGGGUUUUGUGGAGGAUAAAAGGGACCCGCUCGUCGACCUCGAAUUGACAGAGUCGACUGAGCUAUGGCUUAUUCAGUGGCCAAUCAAUCAACUCUAUGGAUGUAAAUUGAUGAACGAGUUUAAUGCGUUACAGCCUCUUGAUUUCAAUGGGCAAUCGGUGUCGUUGAAGCUUGGCCGCGAUGGGCACUUGGGCACCUUGGAGGGGUCUUCUGGAAAAUCAUGUGAAAUGGUUGGUUGUAAGACCAAUGGUCCAGAGGCUAAUGUCUUCUUAACUUCAACAGCGGAGGCCAAAAUCGUUGAAUUUUCACAGCUACACAUGGAUGUGGCCGCCGAGACAUCGUACAAGCCACCGGCAGGUUUUGUGGAGGAUAAAAGGGACCCGCUCGUCGACCUCGAAUUGGCAGAGUCGACUGAGCUAUGGCUUAUUCAGUGGCCAAUCAAUCAACCUCUUGAUUUCGAUGGGCAAUCGGUGUCGUUGAAGCUUGGCCGCGAUGGGCACUUGGGCACCUUGGAGGGGUCUUCUGGAAAAUCAUAUGAAAUGGUUGGUUGUAAGACCAAUGGUCCAGAGGCUAAUGUCUUCUUAACUUCAACAGCGGACGCCAAAAUCGCUGGGAAAAUCUCUAGGCGCAUUUCCCUGAUUCAUUAUCCGGAGCCAGGCGAAUUACUAAAGCGUAAUAGCCUUAGUAUGGGCCUUUCCCAGCGGUCUUCUGGGGCCACCUCAACCUUGUCCGGCUGGCGACUCCCGACUCCCUCUCGAAGCAUUAGGCCCACAAAAUCUAAAAUCAGUGGCCUUUCUACUCCGAGCAGCAGAAGCAAGAGUUCGGGCUCUGGAUUAGGAGAAUCUUCAAAGACCGCGAAGAGAAAACGGGCUGAUGAGCAGAGCAAGCCCACCAGCAACUCAGCCCAAGAUUCGGGGAGAGGAAAUAGUGGAGUUACUUCUGCUGGCUCUGUGGAGCAGCAUUCUCAGGUAAGGAAGUCCAAGAAGAAAAAGAAAAACGAAGAUUGAGCUUUUUAUUGCUGUCAGGGGUCCGAAUUUUGUGUGGGGAAAAGGUGGAAUUGUUUGAUUGAGAGCUUUUUCAAGUGUUGAUUUUGUUUCUAGAUCAUUCAUUGUUAGAAGGAAUGGUCAGAUAAUUUUUUGUUCUCGUUGUUUUCAGUUCGGAUAAAAUUUGAGAUGGAUUUGAUCGUCGCAUAAAAUCUAUUGCUUUUGUAUAAAAGUUGUGCCCAAUAAGGUGUCAAAAUAAAUUUAUUUGCUUGCAAAGAUAGUUUAGGAGCACGAGUAAAGUUGGAGCUUCCUAUUUUUAUUGUUA